AUGCGUUUCAACGCCGCCAUUACGGCUCUGGCCCUCAUGGGCGCUGCCCAUGCCGAGGAGUCUGAAGCUAUUCCAGACGCUACCUCCGCUAUUGAGAGGCCCACUUUCACUCCUUCUGCCCUCAAGGCUCCUUUCCUUGAGCAGUUCACUGAUGACUGGGAGUCUCGAUGGAAGCCUUCCCACGCGAAGAAGGAGGACUCUAAGUCUGAGGAGGACUGGGCCUACGUUGGUGAAUGGGCUGUUGAGGAGCCCUCCGUCUUCAAGGCCAUUGAUGGCGAUAAGGGUCUGGUUGUCAAGAACCCAGCCGCCCACCACGCCAUCUCCGCCAAGUUCCCGAAGAAGAUCGACAACAAGGGCCAGACCCUGGUUGUUCAGUAUGAGGUCAAGCCACAGAACUCCCUUGUCUGCGGUGGUGCCUACCUGAAGCUUCUUCAGGAGAACAAGAAGCUCCACCAGGAGGAGUUCUCAAACGCUACCCCGUACGUGAUCAUGUUUGGUCCCGAUAAGUGCGGAGCCACUAACAAGGUACACUUUAUCUUCCGCCACAAGAACCCCAAGACUGGCGAGUAUGAGGAGAAGCACCUGAGCACUCCCACCGUUGCCCGCACCAACAAGGUCACCUCUCUCUACACUCUAAUCGUCCGACCCGAUCAGACCUUCUCUAUCCUUAUCAACGGCGAGUCUGCCAAGGAGGGAAGCCUCCUGGAGUCUUUCAGCCCUCCCGUCAACCCUGAGAAGGAGAUUGACGACCCCAAGGAUAAGAAGCCAACUGACUGGGUUGAGGAGAGCAAGAUUGAAGACCCUGAGGCUACUAAGCCCGAGGACUGGGACGAGGAAGCUCCUUACGAGAUUCUUGACGAGGAGGCUGAGAAGCCCGAGGACUGGCUAGAGAAUGAGGCCACUAGCAUCCCCGACCCCGAGGCUGAGAAGCCCGAGGACUGGGAUGAUGAGGAGGAUGGAGACUGGGUUCCCCCUACUGUCCCCAACCCCAAGUGCGCUGACGCUUCUGGCUGUGGAGAGUGGACCGUUCCUUUCAAGAAGAACCCUGAGUACAAGGGCAAGUGGUCUGCUCCUCUGAUUGACAACCCCGCCUACAAGGGUCCAUGGGCCCCGCGCAAGAUUGCCAACCCUGGCUACUUCGAGGACAAGACUCCCUCCAACUUUGAGCCCAUGGGCGCAAUUGGUUUCGAGAUCUGGACCAUGCAGAAUGACAUUCUGUUCGACAACAUCUACAUUGGUCACUCUGUCGAGGAUGCUGAGAAGCUCCGCCAGGAGACUUUCGAUGUGAAGUUCCCCAUCGAGACCUCCCAAGAGGAGGAUGCCGCGCCCAAGCCCGAGAAGCCCGCCCCCGGCACCACCGUUACUUUCUCUGAGGACCCGGUCACAUUCGUCCGCCAGAAAGUUGACUACUUCAUCAACCUGGCCAAGGAAGACCCUGUCAACGCCGUCAAGACCGUUCCCGAGGUGGCCGGUGGUCUGGUCGCCAUCCUUUUGACCUCCAUCCUCAUCAUCGUUGGUGCCAUUGGCCUCAGCAGCCCUGCCGCUGCCUCCGAGAAGACUGGCAAGAAGGCCGAGAGCACCGGCAAGGAGAAGGCCAGCCAGGCUGUCAGCUCUUCUACCGACACUGGCAAGGGCAGUGCCACCAAGCGCACCACCCGUUCCUCUGCCGAGUAA